GAUGCUUUUACCAAAGCGCAAUCAGACGCCACUGAUAUGAUUGGUGAUAUUUCAACAACAUUUUCGAAGUUCCCUGACUCGGGCUCAAGCACAUCGGACAUGAUAUUCAAUGCUCUGGGUCUGGUUUAUACGUUGGCCUCGGGGCCCUUGUGGGGGACACUAAUGAAAGAUGCCGAUAAGGUGGCCAAAGACAGCGCUGACACUAAGAAAAUCUAGGAUAGUCUCAAGAGCGCAUUAAGUGAUGGUGUAAGUAUUGUUCAGGACAUCACUGCCGUGAAGUCAGGAAUUGUGGAGAACAAUGAACUUGGGG